AUGGCUGCCUCCACCAUGUCUGUCUGCUCUGACGCCUGCACCAACUCCUCCUGGCAGGUGGAUGACUGCCCAGAGAGCUGCUGUGAGCCUACCUGCUGUGCCCCCAGCUGCUGCCAGCCCAGCUGCUGCCAGCCCAGCUGCUGUGUGCCCAGCUGCUGCCAACCUAGCUGCUGUGUGCCCAGCUGCUGUGCCCCAAGCUGCUGUGAGCCUACCUGCUGUGCCCCCAGCUGCUGCCAGUCCAGCUGCUGCCAGCCCAGCUGCUGUGUGCCCAGCUGUUGCCAGCCCAGCUGCUGUGCCCCCAGCUGCUGUGUGCCCAGCUGUUGUGCCCCCAGCUGCUGCCAGCCCAGCUGCUGCCAGCCCAGCUGCUGUACCCCCAGCUGCUGCCAACCCAGCUGCUGUGCCCCAUCCCCCUGCCUGACCCUCAUCUGCACCCCAGUGAGCUGUGUGUCCAGCCCCUGCUGCCAAUCUGUCUGCUGCACACCCUCAUGCUGCCAACAGUCUAGCUGCCAGCCAGCUUGCUGCACCUGCUCCCCCUGCCAGCCGUCCUGCUGUGUGCCUGUCUGCUGCAAGCCUGUCUGCUGCACACCCAUCUGCUCUGGAUCCUCCUCAUGCUGCCAGCAGUCUAGCUGCCAGCCCUCCUGCUGUCAAUCCUCCUGCUGUGUGCCUGUCUGCUGCAAGCCUGUCUGCUGCAAGCCUGUCUGCUGCAAGCCCUGCUCCAGUGUGUCCCUGCUCUGCCGCCCUGUGUGCAGACCUGCCUGCUGUGUGCCCACCUCCUCCUGCUGUGCCUCCUCCUGCCAGCCCAGCUGCUGCAAGCCCUGCUCCAGUGUGUCCCUGCUCUGCUGCCCUGCCUGCUCCCGCCAGGCCUGCUGUGGCCUCUCCUCGGGCCAGAAGUCCAGCUGCUGA